GACAGGACACAGUGUUCACAGUCUGUGGUUGGAGAAGCCAGCAGUAGCCUAGCUGUAUUGUUUACUCUCCACCCACCAGAAGGCACUGGUGUAGUGAAGAGAGCACAUGUGUCUGGGUUUAGGAUGCUGAGCACAGAAAGCCCCAUUUGGUGACUCAUCCAGAGCACUAAGGCAUUAGUGCAGUAUUAGUGCAGUACAGCUGAGUGGUUGAUAUUGUUAUCUGUUGAUAUUCUAUGCUAUCUGAUUUUUGGGAUUUGGGCAGGAACGCCUGGAAGCGAUGAUGCGCCGGUCCCUGGAGCGUACACAGCAGCUAGAGCUGAAAAAGAAGUGUUCAUGGGCAGGAUCACCAGCUUCAGGGCCUGGAGGACGUGAUGCAUGUGACAAACUUUCAACAUCAACCAUGAAUUUGCCAAAGCAGACGGAGCCUCCUAUGAGUAAACGCCUGUCUUCAUCCACCGCGGCAAUAUCUUAUUCCCCAGACCGAGUAUUCCAUGCCUGUCCUCAUGUAGCUCUUGGCAGCCCUCUCAAAUCUUCAUACAAGUCCUCUCCAACCCGGACCACUGAGAGAAAGAAGGGUACACCUACAUCUGGCAUGGGAGAUGCUGGGAAGGGAGUCGUGGCAGGAGCAGAGUCUUCUCAGAUCGAGAAAGUGAAGAAGGGACGAGUGACAACUUCUGUUUCCACUGGGGGUCUUGGGUCCCCACUGAGAAGAUGUGAGCCUCCUGAAGCCAUUUCUAAGAGGUCAUCUUCUCCUGUGAAAUCCAAGACAACUUCAAAAGCAUACCCACAGUCUCCAAAGACAGUGAAGCCCCCAUAUAUAGGGUCUCCUGUGAAGUAUCGCUUUCCUCCCAUUCCCAGUGAAGAAACAAUCAAGAAGAAGGCAGAGAAGGAGAAGAGCAAUAAGGAAAAGGAAGGUGUCACUGGUCUGCAAACCACUGGCCUACCCAGAGAAGAAACCCUAGAGAAGCACAUGAUUGACAAAUAUGCUACUGAGAAGUAUGUAGCUGAUAAGCAUGCUACUGAGAAGUAUGUAGCUGAUAAGCAUGCCACUGAGAAGCAUUCUGCCACAGGAGGGAAGGCUGAGCACAGUGCAGGAAAACCCACAGCAGGCACCACUGAUGCAGGGGAGGCUGCAAAGAUCCUAGCUGAAAAGAGACGUAAGGCUCGGCUACAGAAGGAACAAGAGGAGCACGAACGACUGGAGAAGGAAGAACAAGAGAGACUGGAAAAAGAGGAAUUGAAAAGAAAGGCAGAAGAGGAAAGGCUGCGCCUAGAGGAAGCCCGUAAGCAAGAAGAGGAAAAGAAGCAACAGGAAGAAGAAAAAAGAAAGGCAGAAGAGGAGGCAAAACAGAAGGCUGAAGAGGAGCUGCUGUCAAAAGAAAAGCAAGAAAAGGAAAAACAAGAAAAAGCCAUGAUUGAAAAGCAGAAAGAAGCAGCAGAAGCAAAGGGACAGGAGGCAACUAAACAGAUGCGUUUAGGAAGAGAAAAGAUUUUGCUGCAGAUUGAACAAGAACGACUGGAGAGGAAGAAGAGAAUAGAUGAAAUCAUGAAGAGAACAAGGAAGAGUGAUGCAUCUCUAGAAGUGAAGAAGGAAGACCCCAAAGUGGAGAUUGAGCCUCUGGCAGAUGUGGAAAAUAAGACAAAACCAGUUGUCCCCAACAAAAUAGAAAUCAAUGGACUGAACAUCUGCCAGGAAGUAAAUAGUUCAGAGCGUGCUGCUCCAGAAACCUUUCCCCAAGACAUUUUCUCUAAUGGCCUUAAACCAGUUGUGCCACCUGUUCAUCUAGAGGGCCUUGAUGGGAAAUCAAACAGUCUUGAUGAUUCAACUGAAGAAGUUCAGUCUAUGGAUGUGAGUCCUGUUUCCAAAGAAGAGCUUAUCUCCAUCCCAGAAUUUUCACCAGUGAGUGAAAUGAUUCCUGGGAUGUCUCUGGACCAAAAUGGAACUGGUAAUGCACGGGCGCUUCAGGAUAUUUUAGAUUUUACUGGACCCCCCAUGUUCCCCAAGAAAUCCAGUGAAAAUCUCAGCCUUGAUGACUGUAACAAAAACCUCAUCGAAGGAUUUAACAGUCCUGGGCAAGAAACUACUCUGAACACCUUCUGUUGACAGACACCAUUCCUUUAAUGAAAGGUGAUGUUUGGAUUACCCAUGAAGCUGUCGGAGUUAAAUCUGAGCUGCUGGCCACUUGAAGAAGCUUCUUUCGCCCUUAACCGCUGGAUUCCAAAUUACUAGAUCAGAAUGUAACUGUAUUCCUAGGUAGUUUGGCAAACACUGGCCUUCUCUUGGUAGAAACCUUGAGAUUUUUGCCUUGUUGGGCUUUAGCAAAGUUUCAUUUUAUGGUUCUAUUUAUGAGCUUCAGCUGCUGCUAGAGCACUUCCUUGUCCUUCUCUAAUAUCAUAACCUUUGUGAUGCUGGCUGGGAACCUCACUUUAGGACACUUGCAUUCCCAGAGUUGGAAAACAUAAACAUUUAGAUGUCUCUUCCUAUAAAAAUCUUCUAUUUAUCCACACUCUAGUUAAACAUGUACUCAACCUGGGCUGCUUAUAUACUUGUCUUUUUUGGUGGGAGAGAAAUCUAGCCAUUUUCUCCCCGUCUCGGGUUUCUGUUAUUUUAUUUUUAUUAUUAAGCUUCAUCACCUGCAGAGCAUUAUCCCACAUUACUUUUUUGGGCGUUAAAGAAAUGUUUGAUUGAAUAAAUAAUUAAACAGUGGCAAUUAUUUCUUUCCCCUCAUGCAUAUUCUCCUUAUGCAUACUUGGGCAAUUGAAUCUAGCAAGGACCCUUUCAUGUCAUACCUUUAAAAUCUCCAAAUUGUCAGCCCAAAACCACUGAAUGGCUUUUCAACUGAAUGAAUCGAGUCUCCUGCAGGUGGUUGUUUUCAUGGUUUUGCUAUUGUUUUUCUAUUGGAUCUUGGAUGUUUCUUUUGUUUGGUCCUAUGUUUGCUUAACUGUAAUGAAAGAGUCACAGUGCUUUGAAAGGGGGCCCCAAGUUGGUCCCAGUAUGUCACUUUAAUAGACUUUAACAUUAAAAAGUCUAAAUAAGGAAAAAUGACACUAGAAUGUAUAACUCCAUACAUUUUAUGCCAUAUAAUGCUAUAUUUAAAAUUUUCAUUUCUUGUGGUGAAAUAUAGCUUUACUAUUAAAUGACCUUUUCUUUGGAACUUUUUGUUUUGACUUGUAUCUUAUAGCUUUUGAAAAUAUGGUUAAUUCUGAGGUUUACAAAUAGGAGAUAUAAACAAAUCUCAGUAGUGAUCUUGUUCUGUACUUUUAAAGCUGGCACUGUUUAAGAAUGUAUUAGUCUCAAAAGCUAUGUAUGUUUAUGUGAUAUAGUCUAAAUAAAAUGCAUACCUCUAAGAAUAUUGUGUUAUUGACAUUGGUGAACAUCAAAGUAUAUAUAUCUUUUAUGACAAGCACACAGAUGAUAGCAUGGUCUGACAUCCAAAAAAUAGCUGUCCUUUUUUCUUAAAGCUUUAUUUUGCUAAGUGUCUGUUUCAUUAAGCUCCAUUGUACUUCACAGCACCAUUGUAAUCACAUGAUGCCUCAUUUGCAUGAUGUGUACAUUCUGUUUAAUGUUAAAUACAUUUUCAUUGAAGAGUC